AUGCAUUUCCUCCUCCUCCUCACCUCACUAACCCCCGUCUUCGCGCGGUCAAUCACCAAUUCAACAUGCAAACCAACCUGCUCCUGGCCGGGCUUUUCUAAUAUCAAACACGCAUUCGUUUUCGGCGACUCCUACACCCAAACAGGCUUCAACACCACCCUCACCCCGCCCUCCCCCUCCAACCCCAUGGGCAACCCGCCCUACCCAGGCUGGACCUCCUCCAACGGCCCAAACUGGAUCGACUACCUCACAACCACCUACAACCGCUCCACCCUGCUAACCUACAACCUCGCCUACGGCGGCGCAACCAUCGACGCCUCCCUCGUCGCGCCCUACCAGCCCUCCGUCUUGUCUGUCUCCGACCAAGUACGCACCCUCUGGAAACCCGCGUACGCCGGCAAACCGUUCUGGAAGGGCAGCGAUAGCGUGUUCUUGUUCUGGGACGGCGUGAAUGAUGUAGGCAACUCUUGGUGGAUGGAUGUAGAGAGUUUGUAUACGAAGAUCUUUGAGGUGUAUAAGAAACUGGUGGAGGAGUUGUAUGUGGAUGGCGCGCGGAACUUUGCGUUUUUGAAUACGCCGCCCGUGGAGAGGAGUCCGCUUGCUAGUGCGAAUGAUGCGUGGAGUAUCGCUACGGAGAGGGACGCGAUUGGGGUGUGGAAUCGGAAAUUGGGGGAGAUGGCAGCGCAGUUGAAGACGGAGCAUGGGGAGGCUAAUGUGUGGGUUACGGAUACGAAUGCGCUUUUUAAUAAGGUGUUGGAUGAUCCGGGAGUGUAUAGUCAGACGAGGGGGUUGAGGAAUACGACGGGGUAUUGUGCGGAUUAUCAGAAUGGUACGCCGAAACAGGAUACGUUCAUAGAAAGUUGUGGCGUGCCGGUCAAUCAGUAUUUCUGGUUGAAUAGUCUGCAUCCGACGAGUGCCAUGCAAGAGGUUGUGGCGUGGGGGGUGGGGAGGGAUCUGGAGGGGCCUCCUGGUGUUUGUUAG